CCAAAGCUGCGAAACUAAGAAUCGUAGCAAAUCGGCAUUUUAAAGUAAUGGGAAAAAGCAAAACGAAAUCUUCAAAGAUAGGAGAAAAGGUGCAAUCAAUUGCGCGAAGCUCUAGAAGAUCAUCAUCAUCAGGCAGCGAGAGCAGCAGUGCUAGCAGUGGCAGCAGCAACAGCAGCUCCUCCAAAUCGAAAUCCAGCAGUGAUAGCGACUCCCAUUCGGCCGAUGAGAAUAAAAAGCGGCAGCAAAAGAAAACUAAAUCCAAAUCGGACAAGGAUGCAAAGGAUUCAGGCGAGCACAGAGACUUGAAGCAGCGGUCAACAGACCACCAUCGGGGUGCUGGUGUCAGUGGUCAGGAACAACGCUCCAAGUGGGACAGUCCCGAACGUGGCGGUGGAGGUGGCGCUGGCGGUCAGCGUAACACAAAACGCAGGCACAGCCGGGAAGGAGAUAAACAAAGGGAGCGAGAACGUGACAAAGACAGAGAACAAGAGAGGAAUCGAGAGCGAGAACGGGAAAGGGAGCAGGAACGUGAGAGAGACAUGCGACGAGAUCGAAGUGGCAGAGACCGACAGCGAAGCAGAAGCAGGGACAGAGACCGCAGACAACGUGGUCGCAGUAAUGAACGCAAGGAUAGAGACAAAGAAAGGGAGCGGGAACGGGAUCGAGAUAAUGAUCGGGAUCGAGGCAGAGAUCGAGAGCGUUUCCGGCGUUCACCCGACCAAAGGCAAGCAGCUCGCCGAAGUCGCAGUCGAAGUCCUCGGAAUCGUGAUCGUGAACGUGAUCGCCCGCCUCGUUCAGGCGGUCGAGAUUUUGGCAAUCGUCGAAACCAACAACAACACCAGCGUCGCAACAGGGAUAAGGAUAGGGACGACGAACAUUAUGAAUGGGGCAAGCAGAGCGAUGAGAAAAAGUCUGAUAAAGCAAAUCCCGAUGACGAUGAACCCAUCGAGAAGGAGAAGCCCAAUUUCGGCCUGAGCGGUGCCCUCACCGAGGACACCAACAAGGUCAACGGAGUUGUGGUGAAGUAUUCUGAACCACAGGAGGCACGGAAACCGAAACGUCGAUGGCGUUUAUAUCCCUUCAAGGGUGAACAGGCUCUGCCCACCUUGCAUAUACAUCGCCAGAGUUGCUUUCUAGUUGGACGUGAUCGAAAGGUCGUUGAUUUGGCUGUCGAUCAUCCAAGCUGCUCCAAACAACAUGCCGCCCUGCAGUAUCGUCUAGUUCCCUUUGAACGCGACGAUGGCAGCCAGGGCAAACGUGUACGGCUCUAUCUGAUUGAUCUGGAGUCGGCCAAUGGCACAUUUCUCAAUAACAAAAAGAUCGAUGGACGCAAAUAUUAUGAAUUGAUGGAAAAAGAUGUCAUUAAAUUUGGUUUCAGCUCGCGCGAAUACGUUUUACUACAUGAAAAUAGCAAAGAGGAUCAAGAGGAUGAUGAUGUGCAUAUCAAGGAUGAGCCGGCGGAUAUGCCAGUUGAGGAUAUUAACGCAUAGUUGAUGAAUAUUAUAAAUAGAUAUAUAUAUAUAUAUACAAAUAUUAUAUCAAUUCUUCAUUUUAUUUUACGUUUUUGCAAUUGUCUGUAAAUUAUAUAAACUUAAGUUAAAAUUGAUUGGUUGCUCUUUUACUGCCACAAGAAAAAAAAAAUAUAUAUAUUAAUAAUAUACACCUCAA